AAAAGGGCAGGAAGUAUUCUUGACAUGGGCGUCGGCCUCCUAAUCUGUACACAAAAUCUCUUUUUACUUUUGUUGUCACAGUCCUGGAUUUGAAGCAUGAUGCUCUGCACUCCAUGAAGACACAGUCUGGCUCCCGUUUUUUACUAUAGGAAAAUUUGCUUUUGUUAUCUCUUCUUGAAACUGGACCUUGCAGCAAGUUCUCAUUCACAUGAGUCAGGACCGCUGCAUUAUUAUGGACAAUGACUUGCUUACCGUGGCCUCAGCUGGUCUGUCUUUGACGAACCACAAUGAAGAGGAAUCGUCAGAUGUUGUGGGACUUCAUGUCCUGACUGCUGAUGGUGUAAAUGGAGCUGCUGAUGGCAUCAUAGGAACCCUACCCUCUGAGGAUUGUGGCCAGCCAGUAAUUGCUGUGCCUGCUCUCACUACUGAUAUCACUGCGUCAGCCAUUGGAAAGGAUGGAGAGAUAACGCUGAAUUCAUCUUUCAUUCCAGAGAAUGCUAUUCUUAUGGAGACACCAAGAGGAUUGAUGUUAACAGUGUCUGAUAAUAUUGGGAGUUUAGCGUACAAUGACGAAAAUUCCCCUCAUGAUGGAAAUUCGCGGCAGUUGCUUUCAUGUAUACCAGUGUCAUUAUUCAGUGCUUGUGAUAGCACUGUUGAUGUGGACACUGCAUCAGGUUACAAUGACAUGGACAUGAAAGGUGCACUGCAGGAUGACUCUGUUGGAUUGACUUCUCAUUUACAGGAUGACAGCAGUGGGAUUCAAGAAAGACUCCACAGUGAUGCAGAUGUUGGAACACAACUACAGACCGACAUGUCUAGUGUGAUUGCAGAUCCACAGAUGCCUCUGACUGAUGAAACCACAGAAGUCUGCACAACAAAACGAAAAGGUGGCUGGCCAAAAGGUAAAAAACGGAAAAAAGAGCCUGUUGUUAUGGGACCCAGAGCCCCACUCACUGGGUAUGUGUUGUAUGCCAUGGAUCGGCGGAGAGAAAUCAAGGAAAAUCAUCCUGAAAUCAGCUUUCCAGAGGUGACAAAGAUACUUGGGCAGGAAUGGAGCUCUCUGGCACCAGAUGUCAAGGAGAAAUACCUGGCAGCUGCUGAGGCAGACAAGAAAAGAUACAGAGAGGAACUUAAGGCAUUCAAGUCUUCGGACACUUAUCAAGAAACAAUACGUAAAAAGAUCUUGCUGCAGAAUGGUGGCAGUGUACCAAGUGACCAAGAGAAUGCUGACAUUUUAUCAUGUGUGGAUGAUGAGGAUAACUCGGAUGAGCUUCAUUGUAAAGUCUGUGAUGUGUACUUCAGUUCCUUGCACAAUAAACGGGAACACAUGUAUGGAAGGACCCAUCUGCAAGCAGUAACAGGUGCUGUUGAGAAAGAAAUCCUGAGGCAGCAGCAAGAGGAACAGGCCAUGAUGGACGGGGCUCUGGUCGUGUCCGAGGAGACUCAGGACGAGUUCCACCCUGCGCUACAGACCAGCAAUAGUAAUGACGGCAGCUUUGCAAGUACCAGCUCCGGACCAGUGGAUAUCCAUGGUUUCAUGAUGGAAUUUAUCCAGAAGAAUUAUGAGAGGGAACAAGAAAUCUCAGUGCUCAAAAAAUGUUUGAACAAGUCAUUGCAAGAUAAUGUUGCCAUGUGCAAAGAGAUUCAAACUUUACAAGAGUUUCAAGUAAAGCUGGAAGAAGAAAUUCAAACUCUCACCUCCACUACGUCUUCCUUGAUUGUGCAAAAUGAUGCUUUGAAAAUGGUGCCUACACUGUUUGGUAUUAUUAAUUUGUGACUUUCGAUGUUAUGAUCUCGGUGAAAUUUUGAUGAUCUAGUCUCUCACUCAGAGUGUAGGGUGAGUUAUGAAAGUGUGUGUAAAGUUAUGCAGUGUGUCACUGACUGUUUUUAUUUGGGGAAAGUCAUAAGUCGAUAUUAAAUAUUGUUAGUAUUGCCAAUAAUUUGUAUAUAUUGAUUUAUUCCUGGCCAGUUUUGCAGAAAACUCUCAAUAUAGAGUGAGAAAAUAUUUGUCCUUUGAAAACACUCCUUUUUUCUACAGAUGUAAUAGUAACUUUAAAGCGGACGCAAUCUAGCAAAAUUCCUGGUGGACCAAUAUUGUAAAGUAAAAUACAUUUGUGUGGGUCUGGAUUUUUUAAGAUAUUCAGAUUACAUGCAGCACCAGUAAUUUAUGGAGGUGAUACCCGUAGAUUUUCAGAUAUGUGCAUUGUUUUGAUCAGGGGAAGGAACGUUAUUUGUAAAUAGGGAUGUUUCUGUGCAAUAUCAUCUUAGAAUUGGAGUCAGGAUUCUAGCAGAAGGUGAACAUUAUGAAAUUAUUUCGGAUUCUUAGUGUGCUAGUAUAAUCAUUGUCAUUGCAUUUUGAUUAAUUCAUUGUCAACAGGAUUUAAUUUUAUGGCCCGUUAGACUCUUGAGUACCCUUUGGAAUUACUCAGCUUGUGUUUAAUGACAUUGUCAGCAUGUUUUGUUUACCUGUUGUAAGGCUUUGAUCAGAAAAUCAUUUUAUUUGUGAAAGCAUG